AAGGGACUGCUGAGAAGGUUUUCCUGCUCUGUGGCAUUUGGACGCCUAUGCGGUGAGAUCUGGAACUGCUUUAUCUUCAGGGAUCCUUCGUAUACGGAGAAGCUUCAACGUGGUGAGAAGAAGGCCAGAUCAUUAGAGUGGAGAGGAAAAGGAAGAGCUCAGAAAGUAACCGUUUGCUUUUGUCACACCACAAACCUGUCGAGAUGGCAACCAUGGAAGCUCUGGAACACUCAAGCGCCCAGCUCGAGCCUACAACCCUGACAGAAAUAUCCGAUGAUGAGGUCAACCUUCCUCCCUCAGAUGAAGAAGACAAUGCCCUUGCUGCAGCCAUGAAAGAAGUGUCCAGCAUGGGCACUGAGGGGGACACCGGUGAAGACAAGGAUGAAGCACUGAAGCUGGACCCACAGAUAAAUGGGGUCAUGGUUCUGUCGUUGCUUGACAAGAUCAUUGGGGCUGUGGACCAGAUCCAGCAGACCCAGAGUGGGCUUGAUGCCAGGCAGCAGGAGAUGGAGCGGUCAGUCACCAGUAUCCAAGGUGACCUGUCCAAACUAACCAAGAGUCACAACACCACGUCCAACAGCGUGAACAAGAUGAUGGAAAAAGUGCGGAAGGUGAGCAUCAACGUGAAGACGGUCCGCGCCACGCUGGAGAAGCAAGGAGGCCAGAUCAAGAAGCUGGAGACCAACGAGGCCGAGCUGCUCAAGAGACGCAACUUUAAAGUCAUGAUCUACCAGGAUGAAGUUAAGGUUCCCUCCAAACUCAGCAUCUCUAAAUCCAUGAGAGUUUCUGAGUCUGUGUCAGGAAGCAGAGGGGGCAGUAUGCUAGAGCUGAAGGAAGCUGUGGAGGAGCCUGAGGAGGAAGGAAAAGAGGGUGAAAAGGAAGACAAACCUCACGUAGAUCUUUCAUCAGAUGAGGAGGUCGUGGAAACUGAUGAGACCAUCGAAGAGUCCCGCGCUGAACGUAUCAAGCGCAGCAGCCUGCAACGCGUGCAAACCCUGAAGACAGUUUUCUCAAAAGAGAAGAUGGUGAAGACCAGAGCAAAGACCAAAGAGAAUCUGGAGAAGACCAGACAGAAAACCAAGGAGAACAUUGAGAAGACUAAGCAGAGGACAAAAGAGAACCUGGAGAAGACCAAACAAAAGACCAAGGAGAAUUUAGAGAAGACAAAGCAGAAGACAAAAGAAAAUCUGGAGAAGACACGUCACAACAUUGAGAAGAAGAUGGGCAAACUUGGAACACGCAUGAGUGUAAACCCUGAUCGCAAACAGAAGAUGAAGACAUCCAGUGACAAGAUGAAGAAGGCCUUCACACCAGACCACGUCGUUUAUGCCCGUUCCAAAACAGCCAUGUACAAGGUACACCCGUUCACCUUCCAUGUCAAGAAGAUCCGAGAGGGUGCUGUUGAGGUGGUCCAUGGAACCGAGAUGGUGGAAGUGUCGAGGGAUGCUGAGCCAGGAGAUGAGGAGGAUGGGGAGGUAGACAACACUGAAGUGGAGGUUGAGUUGGAGAUGAUGAAUGGAGACAGAGAAAAGGAGGAAGAAGAGGCUGAGGAGGAUGAAGAGGAAGACAGCCAUGACGCUUUGCAGGAAGAUGAUGAGGAUAAAGACAGCGACUAACUACAGAGCCAGAAAGGAGCCAUCAUGUUAACGGAGAAGAGUCCCGACUCUGAGAAGUGGUUCAGUUUCCGUCUGUAAAGCUCAACUACGUUUCGGGCUCCAUGGGUGUGUGUGUGUGUGUGUGUGUGUGUGUGUGUGUGUGUGUGUGUGUGUGUGUGUUUGUGUGUUUGUGUGUGUGUGUGUGUGUGUGUGUGUGUGUGUGCGUGCGUGCGUGCGUGCGUGCGUGCGUGCGUGCGUGUGUGUGUGUGUGUGUGUGUGUGUGUGUGUGUGUGUGUGUGUGCGUGUGUGUGUGUGUGUGUGGGGGGGGGGGGCCUUUGUCCACACGACUGGCCAAUUUCAGUACUUCAAAAUUUCUUCUCGUUAAGGAGUCUCAACCAGGCCAUAAUUAGAUUGGAAGGGCCCGUUAAACUACCUACCGGGAGAACAGCUGAGUGGAGGUAUUCACAUGUGAUUUGUAUUUGAUACCAGCUCCACUACUGUCCACAGGCCCAGGUCAGCCGGGGUGAAGGUGUCACAUGUUCCUGCCAACCCUUCACCAGUAAACUCACUCCAACCAUGAAACAGGCCUUACACGACUAAACCAUCACCGACAGAGUCAGCAGUGAGGUGGUCUCUCCCCAGAAGCACCUAGCUGUCUGGCUCACUCAGGUCAUUGGUUAGAGAUGGUUCCACGGGGAGCCUCCCUCUCCGGUCGGCUCGUGGGUUCUUGAACGGUGCUAAAAACGCUAUUUUCUACCCGCGUAGCUGUACGCCCUGGAUCACACACCUUAUACUUCUAUUUAAUUUGAUCUUUGAUCCUCAGAGCAUUUGUUAAGAAAUAAUCUUGAUUUCAAAGUAAAAUGAUCGGUGAACACACCCAUCACGUAUCAGCUGUUGAUGCACCCUACUCAGAAGCUUCGUUCAAGCUGCCAUGUUUGAGCACACAUGUGAUCUUAAUGAUUUCUCAUGCGAUGAUGUUUCUUUUUUACUUUAACUGCAGGCAGACCCAUGCUUGCCGCUUUGGCCAUCAUAACCUAAGUAGUAAUCCAGCACAUGUUUGCCUGUCUAAAGGACCGUUCCUGCAAAGUUCACAGUGAAACACAGUUUUGACCCAGUCACUUGAAACUGUUUAUUCAUUAUUAGAGAUGGUUCUUGUUUUAACGUGUUCACGUGUUAAUGAAACUGCACUGGGUCUUAUCACAGUAGGCUGCUACAAGAAGAUAUCCUUUGCUUCUCACAAUAACACAAGAUGUUCUCCAGACCGCUUCAGGGUCUCCAGUCGUCCAACACUGACCCCUGGUGGCAGUCAGAGGUGCUCACUGGAAACGUCGCUGGGUUUCAGAUCUGAGGUGUUCAUAAAUAAAGGACUCAUCAAAGCUGCAGAUUGCAAUAGCCUUGCUUCUUGCGCUUGGUGCCUAUCACGUGUUUUGCCUUUAGCUUUCAUGCAGAACUAUUAUGUUUUUGCAUCAAAUGAUAACGUUUUGAGCCCCUCUGAGACGUUGCUGUGAUGGAGACCUGCAGAGCUGUAUUAGCCACACGUCUAAUACCCACUAGCAGAUUUGCUUGCACUGUUUAACCACUAACAUUGAAUGAAUAAAUAUUUUUCACAUUC